UUUACAGAAAAGGAUUUGAGAUAUCUUCCGUAACGAAAAGGCUUAUAAAAGAUAUUAACUUUAUGAAAAGCGAUCAGUCUGCUUACUUUUCGUACAAGAAAGCAGCCGAAAACAAGGCUUUGGAACUACAACGUCUGCAAGCAGCAUUGGCGGACUAUAAUUUAGUAAUUGAUACGGUUAAUUCCGAUUAUAAUCUGACUAGAAUUGAAGAAAAGUGCCAAGAACUGAAAAUGGAUAAUGAAAAACUACUGCAAGACGCUGAAACUUUAUUCGAGAAACGGAAAGAAAAGGAAGAAAUGGUGUCCAAACUUGAGGAGGAAAUAAAUCAAGACGAGUAUAUUUCAGAAAUUUUGAUGGCAUCUGGUGAUUCUCAUAAUCGCUACGAAUAUCUUCUGCGACUCGACAAAAAGCUUGCGUCAACUUUAAGAAAUUUUGAUACGGAACUAAUUCAGUUGGCGUUGGAACGCGCAAAGUUGGAAAAAGAGUGCGACUUUUCGGGCAGAAACGAAGCCAAGCAACUAUGUUACGCAUUGAAAGAAAGAGAGACAAAAAGGAAUAAUCUUGAGGAAUGCAACAUUGAUAACAAGGAUUUCCAAAAGUUAAACCAGAUGAGGGAAGAAAUUGGUGAAUUGCUACAAUGCAUUCUGAAAGAAACGAUCGAUAUUAAAUCUCAAAUAACCCAAAAAGAAGCAGCACUAAUAGACAAGGAAGAAUUCGAUGGCAAACGAAAAGAACGACAAGAAAAAGUUGAAAAACUGAAGAAGAGAGAGAAAGAAAUGGAUGAAUUUCUUUUAUUCUUUAACCAAAAUCAUGAGAUUUUGUUGGAUGAGUGUUACAAGAAUAAGAAAAAAAUUCAAAACUUUCUAGAAAAAAUCAGCGAAAUGAUUAAUCUAGACCAAAAAAAAAUAAUUCCCGUUAAUAAAACGGAAGAGCAGAUGCUUUUAGAAUUAGCUAAACUCGAUCAACUAGAAGUCCAAACUAAAGAUGAACUAAAUGAUCUACGUCAAGAAAUGGCAUCAUUAAAAGAACAACUAAAAUCAGUUCCUGUAACUGAAGAAAUGAAAUUUUGUUCUGAAAGUAUGAAAUCUGAGUUGUUGAAAGAAAGAGAAAUUGUCUUGGUGCACUUAAAUGGAAUUCAAAAGGUUGUAAGUGAACUUAAAAAACUGUAUGAUACAUUAUCAAAAGAACUAAAUGGAAAUAAAACGUUUCAAGAAUUGUCUCAACUCGAAAAGAAGUGGCAAGAUUUAGAGAAACAAAACUACGCCAUGCUUGAAUAUACAUCUGAUAAUAAAAAUCACAGCAGUUAUUUAAAUGUCAAAAACUCCGUUAUGGGUCUUGCGCGUGACUUGAAUAACACAAUUAUUACAUGAAUGCUCAGCAAAAUGUUAGAACCACGAAGUUGUACAAAAGCAAAACUUUUACGGAAUU